AUGAGCCGAACCGUCUCGAAGCACUCGGUCGGGACCACGACGUACGCGGUCGUCAGGCGGCAGCGGUGGCGCCACGCCGGCAGAGCGGGAAAAGGUGAAGGCCUCCAGCACCUCGAGUGGCCGAGGAUUUAUGUAUCUUUAUCGAGGAAGGAGAAGGAGGAUGAUUUUUUGGCGAUGAAGGGGACCAAAUUACCCCAGAGGCCGAAGAAAAGGGCCAAGAACAUCGAUAAAUCUCUUCAGUACGUUUUCCCAGGGAUGUGGCUCUCGGAUUUGACUAGGGGACGGUACGAAGUGAGGGAGAAGAAAUGUGUAAAGAAGAAAAGAAGAGGAUUAAAGGGCAUGGAGAGCAUGGACAGCGAUUCAGAAUGAUGGAAUGGGUUAUAAUCAUACACAUGUAUUUAUUAUGGUCGAGGUUUGAACGGGGGAGGGUGAAGCUUUUACAUUGAUAAUUUCUGUACCCUUUAAAUCUUGAGAGGAUCGCUUCCCAUUUAUGCUCUUCAAUUACUUCUUGUCUUUUCUUUUUCUUUUUUUUAAUUUAAUUUUUUGCUUGAGUUAAGAGUCGUGGAGUCGGCGAGUUGGGUUUAUUCUCCAAGUUUUUGAAGGGACGGAUGGAUAGAAGUAUAUCCUAUUCCUUCCCCUACGGGGGAGUUAAAGAAGCGGAGCUCUCAUAUUUAUUUA